AUGAGGCAAAGCUUUAAUAAUACCAUAGAGAAGAAAACAAGUGAACAAGCAGCUUCACAGGAAUGGCAGGCUGAAAGGAAAUUUCGGUAUACAGCAAAUUUUUACAAUUUCCACACAAUUGUAAAAAGGCAAAGGAAUCAUGACACUCUAGUAAAUAACCUGCUUCACCCCAAACCAUUCACUGCCAAACAAACUGCACAUGGGAAAACCUAUGAGCCUGUAGCCUUAAAAGAAUAUGAAAAAUAUAUGUUUUCAACGAGGAACCCAGUUUCAGUGUUCAAAAGUGGCCUUGUUGUCAGUAUGGCCUCUCCCUUUUUAGCAGCAUCACCAGAUGGCUAG